CAAUCCUGUUACGUAACAGUAAGGUCUCGCGUUGUUUUGCUGAUGGAAGUGUCAGAGUGUCAACAACGGACGGGCAGCAGCAGCAGUAGCACAGCAGCACUGUCCGGAGCUGGGAGGGGGGAGUCGAGAGGCUGUGUAAACGUCGGCAUACUUGUCUGAAAUGGGGGAUGAUCGACCUUUUGUAUGCACUGCCCCUGGAUGUGGGCAGAGAUUCACAAAUGAAGACCACCUUUCCGUUCACAAACACAAACAUGAAAUGACAUUAAAAUUUGGGCCUGCCAGAACAGACUCUGUUAUCAUUGCUGAUCAGACCCCAACACCCACACGUUUCCUCAAGAACUGUGAGGAGGUUGGUCUGUUUAAUGAGCUGGCCACCUCCUUUGAGCAGGAGUUUAGCAAAGCACACGAAGACGAACAAAGGACAAAACACCCGGCUGCACCUUUACAAACACCAUCUGAAAUAAAAGAUGAGGAUGAGGGCCCUUUACAAGUUGAUUCAUCCCCUCCUGGAAGUCCAGAUUCCUCAUCCAGCAUGUCAGAUGAAAGCAGGGACUCAAUGGUGAGAGGCAAGGAGAUCCCAGCAAAGCCUGUGGCAAGCUCUGCCCCAACUCCAACUAUUGUGCGCCCAGGUUCUCUUCCACUUCACCUGAGUAAUGACCCACUCCAUCCAACUCUGCCUUCUCCAACAUCUGUCAUCACACAAGCUCCACCCUCCAACAGACAGCUUGGAUCACCAACAAGCUCGUAUCCACGGGUGAGGCACCUCCCUAAUGGGCAGACAGUCUCUCUGCUUCCCAGUCCUGUGCAGAUGACCUCGGUCAUAUCUCUUGCAAGGCCAGCGAACUCAGUGCCUAACAUCCCUGGGAUUCCAGGACCUCCAGUGGGUGGAGCCAGCAGUGGGUCAUCCUCUCCAUCUGGGUACAGUCUGCAUUCAGAGACUAAGAUGCGACUGAAGGCAGCUCUGACUCAUCAGGGCCCAGGAGCACAGGAUGGGGCUGGUGGCGGAGCAGGAUCCAUUCCUGCUGUUCCCCAGCGGCAGGAACACAGCCAGCAGCCCUCUCAGAACUCUGAUGCACCAUCACCUGCCCAACCCCAGGUAUCCCCAGCUCAGCCAACAGGAGGCCGCAGGAGGCGGGCUACAGAGAUGGAUCCUGAUGAAAGGAGGCAGCGUUUUCUGGAGAGAAACCGAGCAGCUGCCUCUCGCUGCCGGCAGAAACGGAAGCUGUGGGUUAACUCUUUGGAGAAAAAGGCAGAUGAUCUGGCCAACAUGAAUGUCUCCCUCACGAAUGAAGUAACCCUGCUGAGGAAUGAGGUGGCACAGCUGAAGCAGCUUCUCCUGGCCCACAAAGACUGUCCUGUGACUAUGAUGCAGAAGAAAGCAGCUCUCUUAGCUGCAGGAGGAGAGGAAUCCUCCAGGGAUAGUCCUGCUGAACCCAUCGGCUCCCCGGCUGCUGUCAUCCAGCACGGGCCAUCACCCCCUGCCUCUGCCUCUAGUCCAGGGGCCACCAUCAACGGCAUGAGCGUCCGUGCCGCAGAGGCAGUUGCUAUGUCGGUCUUGGCCGGCAUGGGAUCCGGCCAACCGGGAGGGAUUGUCAUGGCUACACAAUCACAGUCCUCUACAAGAUGAUGUGCUGAUGCAGGUGGAAAAGAAGAACUCAAUGGCCAGACUGGUGCAAAGUGAUUGAAAAGAGGGACCCACCCUCGGACCCCACCGCAGACUAAGAUUCCCUCCUCCCCUCACAGCCAGUGAUAAUCACACACAGACACUUCACAGUGCCUCUGUCAGCCCUCCAGUCCCACCAGGCCCCUGCCCAGAGAAACUCUGCCACUCUGUAUGUACAUAUAAAUAACACAGCAGACAAAAACUCUGCAGGCUCUGGGAUCAUAUCCUGUUCAGUUAUGAUGGUGAAAAAUGUUUUCAAUAGGUAUGAAACGUACGAAUGAAAAUCUUCGUCAGUUUUAUCUUAAUAUUUUCAUUUCAUUUGAAAUGCAGCUUUAGUCUGACUUUGUCCCACACGCUGGCUGUGAUGAGGUUUGUUGCUUUCCAGGCUUACAAUAUUUCUUGUAUUUGGCAAUUGUAAAAAAAGAUUCUUAUGCCUGAUACUGGUCGUUAAUGUGAUGUUUUGCUGAUGUAGUGAAAGUAAGGUGAGAGAUUGGUGGGUAGAUUGCAGUAAAAGGCAACAUGGAAAGUGUUUUAAAUGCAUUGCUUUUGCCUGUUUUUCAACCUGUCCUUCAGCUUUCUCUCUGUACUUCCCUUUGAGUUCUCUCUCCUGUUUAAGGUAACAUCUCCUUAAGUACACAUGACGGUUUAGUCAGCUGAGUGUUUAACAAACCAAAUUUUAGAUGUGUGCACAGUUUACCCUGUGAGUGUGUGCCUGACUUUUUUACCAUCCUUUUUUAAAGCCAUUUGGAGUGGAUGUCAUGACAUUUAUCGUGUAUGUAUAAAACCCUACUGACUGCAUGGAUUACUCAAGGCUGAAGUAUACCACUGUGUGUUCGUGCUUCAUCAUACUAUCACUGUUUAUCAGUCUGCUUCUCUUCUGUUUUAAAACAUGAAAUUAUAAAUGCAAAAACUGUCCUUGUGUAAGGAUUCCAUCCUGUCCUAUUCUAACACACUUGAAAUGGUUAGCUUCAGAACGCCUUUAUACGAUAAUCAAACAUAAUAGAUUUAAAAUCCUUUACCCUGGCAUUUCAGUUGAGGAAAGAGUAGUGCAAUAUAUUUUUCUAUUUUUCUGAAUAUCAAUGUUCUUGCUUUAAGCUGAGGCCUGUAGCCCAGCUGCUGAGAGGGUUUUGUCUGUUUCAGUUGAAAGCGAAAGUUAUGAGGAGACCAGAGAAAUGUGAAGAGGAUUCUUGAAUGAAUGAUUGAAAGAUUACUGAUUGGUGCACAUCUGUUUCAAACGACAGACGUCCUAGUCUCGAGUGCUUUCCAACAUUUGAAAAGCCGUCUUGUAUCAUGAAGUAGACUUGUGUAAGGUGCUUCUCUUGAAAUUAAAGUUUUUGAACUGCACAUUAUUUUAUACUGCAUUAUACUUCCAAGACUAUCAUGUUGUUUUUUCCCGUUUUCAUUUUGUGUUUUUUAAUAACGUGGGUUUUUUUUGUGUUUGUUUUCCUCUGUGCAUUUUAGGCUUUUUUCUCCAUCAUGUGAAAGUAUGUCUGUUUUAUUUUGUUUAAGAGGAAAGAUAUCUUUUUAUUUUAUUUGAGGAGAUUUAACCACAUGAAAAAAUGUAUUGAAGAUCACUGUAUGGAGUGUUUGUCUAAAACUCAGGCCUCAAGAUGGGAAAAAUUCUUGUGUAUAGUCUCAAAUAAUGGCUAAGUUGUGUCUCUGGCAAAUAAUAAAAUAAAAUAAUGUCAAAGAAA